GCAAGCUGUGCGAUAGUCAUAGGAAUACAGAACAAGCCAGUGAGCAGGCUAUUCAGCACAGAUCAGCUCUGACCAUCACUACACUUCAGCCCAAGAGGCAAAGACACAGCAGGAUCUUUCAGGUUUACAUGUCUUCUCCUUGGUACUUAUUCUCAAGCAGAUUGGGCUUCUACUUUGCACAGCUGGAAUCCAUUUAAGCGUGUGGUCCAUUACAUGCCAUAAUCUUUUCCCCAAAUCGAGCAGUGCCAAACCUUGUGAAGGGACCACAGUCAGCUCAUCAUCAAACCAAAGGAACCAAAGUCUGCUCAUCAUCACUUUGUACAUGUGCAUACAAUUGGGUCAUCUCCCAUCUCCAGCACCAUAUCUGGAUUGACUCUUGGACUUAAGCUGAACCUGGAACAUCACACAAGUUGGCAAUAAUGGAACAGCAAGGUGGUGUGUGAUAUCUUAGUGAACAUAGUCUUGUACGAUUACAUUUCUAGAGGGCUCUCAUUUGUUAGUGUUGACCUUAGGGGUCAUGAUUUAAAAAAAUCCCUGGUGAAAUUUUAGCAGAUGUAUCAUAUAUUGAUAUUUUAAGAAGAUACAUCAUGAUCAAUCAGUGUAUUGAACACUGACCUCCAUAUAAAGGCCAUUUUGUCCAUUUGUCUACAUUUAUAAUAAAGAACCAAUAUUAACACAACACUUGGAUCCUUUAUCAUAAAGGUCUUCAGAGAACUUCCAUGGUCCAUUAUUCCUUAGAACAGGCAUUGCAUGGAGAAGGCACCAUCAUCCUGACAGUCCCCUGGAGAGAUUAUUAUUAUCAUCAUCAUCCUUUACUGGCUAAUCUCUCAUUAAACCCUGCCCAGUAGUCACUGUAUUUUGGCAAGAUGAUGGUGAAUGAGGUUUCAGACUUGGCAUCUCCGUCUUCCCUAGGCGUUGUCACAGCCACCUGUGUGUCUAAGGUGGAGCUCCGGGUGUGCUGCAAGAACCUGCUGGACCGAGACACGCUCAACAAGUCUGACCCUUGUGUCCUGCUACUUAUGCAGUCUCAGGGCCAAUGGAUGGAGGUGGACCGGACAGAAGUAAUAAAGAGCAAUUUGAAUCCUGUCUUCUCCAAAGUGUUCACUGUGGAUUAUUAUUUUGAAGAGGUUCAGAAGCUGCGGUUUGAGGUUUAUGACAUCCAUGGACACUGCAGCAUUGGCUCAAGGGAUGACGACUUCCUGGGGGGAGUCGAACUGACUCUGGGACAGAUCGUUGCACAGAAAAGGAUUACCAAAGGCCUCUUCCUGAAAUAUGGGAAAUAUGCUGGGAAAUCCGCCAUAACGGUAAUUUCGGAGGAAAUUUCUGGAAAUAACGGAUAUGUGGAGCUGUCAUUCUGCGCAAAGAAACUGGAUGACAAGGACCUUUUUAGCAAAUCAGAUCCAUUCCUGGAAAUCUACAGAGUAAACGAUGACCAAAGUGAACAGCUGGUGUAUAGAACAGAGGUUGUUAAAAAUAACUUGAAUCCUGUUUGGGAUCCAUUUAAGGUGUCCCUAAGUUCUCUGUGCUGCUGUGAGGAGAAGAGGAAGCUCAGGUGCCUAGUCUGGGAUUAUGACUCCCGCGGAAAACAUGAUUUUAUUGGAGAGUUUUACGCAACCUUUGAAGAAAUGCAGAAAGGAAUUGGUGGGAACAAGGUACAAUGGGACUGUGUUAAUCCUAAAUACAAAAUUAAGAAAAGAAAUUACAAGAACUCUGGGAUUGUUAUAUUAUCUGAUCUAAAGAUACACAGAGUCUAUUCCUUUCUUGAUUACAUAAUGGGUGGCUGUCAAAUACACUUUACAGUUGCCAUAGACUUCACUGCGUCCAAUGGAGAUCCCAGAAAUAGCUGCUCCCUUCAUUAUAUUAACCCUUACCAGCCCAACGAGUAUCUGAAGGCCCUAGUUGCUGUUGGAGAAAUCUGCCAAGAUUAUGACAGUGAUAAAAGAUUCUCUGCCCUUGGAUUUGGUGCUCGCAUUCCUCCAAAAUAUGAGGUCUCACAUGAUUUUGCUAUAAAUUUCAACCCUGAUGACGAUGAAUGUGAAGGUAUUCAAGGCAUAGUGGAAUCAUACCAGAAUUGUCUCCCCAAAAUUCAACUGUAUGGUCCUACAAAUGUUGCACCUAUCAUAUCCCGGGUAGCAAGGCUAGCAGCAGAAGAGGAGAGAACUAAAGAGGCCUCGAAAUACUAUAUUCUGCUAAUACUCACUGAUGGAGUGGUCACAGAUAUGGCAGAUACCAGAGAGGCUAUCGUGCGGGCAUCCUACUUGCCUAUGUCUAUCAUUAUUGUGGGUGUUGGAAAUGCAGACUUCACUGACAUGCAGAUUCUUGAUGGAGAUGAUGGGAUUCUGAGAGCACCCAAAGGGGAACCAGUUCUCCGAGAUAUUGUCCAGUUUGUGCCAUUUAGAGAAUUCAAAAAUGCUUCACCGGCUGCCUUGGCAAAAUGCGUCCUGGCUGAAGUGCCCAAACAAGUUGUAGAGUAUUACAGCUACAAAGUCUUUCCUCCCCGCUGUCCAAAAGUAGAUUCCCCAGACUCUGCUCUCAAUUCUCCUCAAUGAGCCCCCAUCCUACUUUGGAAAAACCAUAAAGCUUGUACCUCCUAACAUUCCAGCCAUCAUCCAAUGUCAUCAGAUGGACCAGACAGACCUUCAACUACUCAGAUGUCUACUUCCCUUCAGUUGCUGUUGGAGUAACUAUAGUCAUUUCCCUGUGAUCAACCAGUGCCGGACAUUAAGUAUGGACACAUAAUGCACUGAUUGACCUCUCUAUUCAUGUCUGCUGAAAAAGCCAACAUCUAUUGUGGAGCUUAGUAUCUUUAGUAAAACCUAGUCUUAGGUACUGCCAUUAUUCUUGGGGUCCUGAUUCUAUUUCGGCAGUGAUCAGCCCUUAACAUUUUAUCUAGUGAGGCUCUGAAUGUAAAAUACCCCAACAGUUCUAUUGGGAAACGUCUUCUAGACACCAGGUUGUUAUUGUUUUCUUUUCAAACUAUAUAUUUGUAUAUGUACCAUGGUUAGGUGGGGAUUCUGUAAUGUUUAGUUUUGUGAUUGGAGCUUUUGUUAUCCAGAACUUAUACUAUCAUUACUGUUUCAUCACAUUACUGGAUUUGAGGUCAAGCAGUGAAUGAUCUAGCUAUAUCAUCUCUUUUUUGUUGUGAGGCUUCUUUUUGUAGUCGGAAGUCACAGUGGGAUUCUGUUCAUCUGACAAAUUUCCAUCUUCUUAUUUUAUUCUUAAAGGGAGAGAUCUGACAUAGCAGAGUUUAUUCCUUUCGAUAAGCUCAACCUAACACUUCAUUAGUGCUUUUUUUAGAUUUUUUUUAUAUCAGUGGAAUUGUAGAUUGCAGGGCCUGUAGAAAUCAGGGUUAUGAGGCACAUGGUUGCUCAUUAAAAUUAUCUACAAAGGGAUCUCUUGGGGUCUCGUCGGCUUGCAUGAGCACAUAAUCCUGUGUGACUUUACUUUUGAUAUCUGUCAGAUUAACACAUCUAAUAGCAAGCCAGAGAAGGAACCAAGUGUGAGAGGGCGAAUUGCAUGGAAAAAAAGACUUGUGCAGUCUCUGAAGCUAUUUGCUAAAGACUCUGCUGGAGCUUGAUGUGAGGUCUAUGAAUGAAUAGUGAGGAGACCUCUUUCUAUGCCUCUUACCGACCUUCCAGCCUUCAUAUUUCCAAAGGGUGAUAAUAAUGGCAAGUCUUUCUUCCUUAACAUUUUCCACAAAAACAAUAUUGUUCUGUUAAUCUGACAUUAAUGAACAAGGAAUAUUUUCACUACAAACAGCAGCACAAGUUAUAUAUGUGAGAGUAGAGCUUACUCUAUGUGUAUGUAACAUUCAGCCCCAUGUUUUAUAUUAAAUCCGAUACAGUUUUACAGUAAAUUGAUGUCACUUUAUGAUUGUUGUAAAAUCUAAAAAUAUCUAUGAUAGAAAAUGAAAAUAUCAAAAAAGAGGGAUGUAUAGACAUGCAGAAUGCACUAGUGAUCAUACAAUGAUAACACAAUAUACAAAUAUAUCCAUUUAUUAAUUUCUUUAUGUACAAUGGGUUAAACCGGGUAUAGUAGCAGGCUAUGAGCUGCAUUAACUUUUACUAGUCUGAAAUACACAUCAUUUAAGGUUUCAAUGCAUGUACAGGUAUCUAAUUUCCUGAGAACCCGCUUGUAUUGUAGCAAUUAGAGAGGCCCAUUUGUGCCCCGCUAAAUUACAUGUUGGCGCUUUGUGAGGUCUGCAUGCUUCUUGUAUUUGUGUCUAGAAGAAAAAAGCCCUCCCAAUAAAGUACUCUGUUCUCUCUUCA